GGAAGCGGGAAGAUCUCCGGCUGCGAACUUCUCGGAUUCAGCCAAAACAAAUAACAAAUAAACCCUUGAACCCUCUCUCUCGCUCUCUCGCUCCAGGUCUCUUUGCGAGGAAUCUUUCUCCUCUUCUGCAAUCUUAGAGUAGAGUGCAGAAAAAUGGGAUUUACAAAUAGAAACCGAUUAUCUGAAAAAGCAUUGGAGGUUACUUCAAGAAUUAAGACACAGCUGAAGGAUAUUAGUUCUCUUAAUUCUUCAAGAAAUAAUUUCAGUGUAAAAAAAACUGGUAAAAAACAGGUCCAGCAAAAGGAUAAUAAAGAUCUUACUCCACGGGAAUCCAUUUAUCUCGUCAAGAAAGAUCAUAAGUUAGGUAUCGCUAGCAUGAAUAAAAGCUCCCAACGAGCAACAGAAGUUUUGAAAGCAGUGUCAAAGGAUAGCAAUCGUAGCAAAUCAAAAAAGAACAUAAAGACAGUCUCAAAUAGAGUUCUCCAAAAGAAAGCUGUUGCUAUUUUCCCAGAACCAGAAGAAACCACUAUUGAUGCUUUGGAUCAGCUAAGUCUUAUUGACAGAUUAGGUGAGGAUAGUGAUUGUAUGUGGUUAUCUUCAGAUAAUUAUAGUUUAUCUUCGGACAUUUGGGAGUUUGAUCAUUUUGAUCUACUUCCGCAAGAACAGUUAUCGUCCACAUCUUCAUGGUGCAGAAGCCCAGCUUCUUCAGCUGAGAGCAGUGUGACAGAUGGGUUUCAGCAUGUGUCUAUAAGUGGGUCCUUAUGUCAUUGCAGGAAAUUCAAUUUUGGAGGGAAAGUUGAGAAGGCACUAAUGAAACCAGGAGAAUUUGAGAAUGAAGGAAGAGAUUCUUCACUUGUCCAUUCAGAAAGUCUUAAAUUUUAUCAUGGUAGACAGGCCGAGGUUCCAUCAGUAAGUAACAGUUCAGUUGAAUCUCAAAGCUCAUAUGUGGAUUCAGUGUCAAGGGAUUGUAAACUGAUACAUGGAAGAGAAAAUUAUUCUGGUGCCUUUGCCUUUGAUAUUUCAAGCCAUUCUUUGAGUUAUAUUCAUCAUCAGAAAAUCCUGUCUUCUCAUUCUUGUUCACUAGAUUGUGAUUGGGAUGAACCUCUUUUUUGGCCAUUUGAUCGCAACUUGUAUGACAACCUGGAUCUUGAUAAAUUCUUUUGCCAAUCUCCCUUGAAGGAUGAAGGCAAGUCUAAGGUUGCAGCUUCCCAUGGGAAAAGAGUAACUCAGUUGAGGCUCCCUGCUAAAAGUUCAUCAACAAAGUCAGUUAGAAAUGCAUGUAAAACAAGAGUUUUGGGCAGUGGCAUAUCUUCAAGACAUUCAAAAUUGAGUUCAUCAACAAAAGGUUCCUAUCGGCAACCCUGGGGCAUCUCGAAAAGAUGA